CCCUGAUAGCCGUGAUUAUGUACAGAAAGCUCGUGACCGCGGCGACCGUCGCGGCGGCAGGUGCCUCCACGCUGCCAGGUGGGGCCCCGAUGCACCCGGAGCCGCCCCGUUAUCCUCGCCGUGCUGCGCCGCGCGCCGACGUGAGAUGGUCGAGCGGCGAAGGCUGGUCGUCGCCAGAGGGCAGCAGUGUGGCGGCGGCGUCGGCUUGCGAUGAGGCGGCGUCUCAGGCUGGCGCGGCAGGCGACGCUGGCGCGGCGGCGUGCGACGCAUCGCCGCCGCCGCAGGGGGUUCCGGUGGGCGACGACUUUGUCGAGCCAAUGUGCCGUGAGACGGACUCGCGCUUUGUGCUGUUUCCGAUCCAGCACGCCGACAUCUGGCAGAUGUACAAGCAGCACGAGGCGUCGUUCUGGACGGCGGAGGAGAUCGACCUCGGCCCGGACCGCAAGGACUGGGAGCGGCUGACUGCGGACGAGCGGCACUUCAUCACGCAUGUCCUCGCCUUCUUCGCCUCGUCCGACGGCAUUGUGGUCGAGAACCUCGCGGAGCGCUUCUGCCGCGACAUCAAGCUGCCCGAGGCGCGCUGCUUCUACGGCUUCCAGCUCGCGAUGGAGAACAUCCACUCGGAGACAUACUCUCUCCUCAUCGACACUCUCGCGAGGGCCCUAGAUGUCAAGGACCCGUCGGAGCGAGACCGCCUCUUUGGCGCAAUCAGCGCCGUGCCCUGCGUCGCACGCAAGGGGCUGCACUGCGACUUCGCCUGCCUGCUCUUCUCCAAGCUGGAGCGUCCGCCGCCGCGCGAGCGGGUGCUCGACAUCAUCCGCGAGGCGGUCGAGAUCGAGCGCGUCUUCGUCACCGACGCGCUCCCCGUCUCGCUCAUCGGCAUGAACGCGCGGCUGAUGACGCAGUACAUCGAGUUUGUCGCCGACCGCCUCCUUGGCGAGCUCGGCGUCGGCGCGCACUGGGGCGUGGCCAACCCGUUCGACUGGAUGGAGCUCAUCUCGAUGCAGGGCAAGACAAACUUCUUCGAGCGGCGCGUCGGCGAGUACCAAAAGGCGGGCGUCAUGGGCGGCGGCCAGCAGGGUGGCGGCCGCGAGUUCACGCUCGACGCCGACUUUUGAUCCUGACGCGUAGCCCAGCCCGCCCUCCCCUGGGGCUCCCCCCUUCCCUUCUCGUGGUUCGCCCGCAGCCAUCAACGAAGCCCCCACUACAACUUGCGGCCAGCAGCGAGGGAACCGCUCCCUGCUGCUCGCGGUCGAUACAGAUUACAGUUCAGUCGCGUGUGUGUGCGUAUCACACGCGCGCUCCCGCCCCGUGCAGCGCAUCUCAUGGGGCUGCGGCCCCUCUGGUGCCGUCUGCCCUCUCUCAUGAGCCUCUCUCGAGCGACUCCUCUGUGGCACCGUCCUCUCUCGCGCCGCCACGCCGCACGGGCACGCGUUCUGCGCGUGUGAUUUAUUGCGGAGAUUCGUUAAUUAUGCUUGAACCGCCUUAUAAAAAACAUAUGUAACGG